AUGGAUUCAUUGAAGGGUUCCUCGACUCCGCCGUACAAGCAAAUGGAAGGCAAACAAGAAGCCGAUGGCCUUCGCACCAUCGCCUUCGCCGGAGUCAUGAUGGCGACUGUAGCCACGCUGUUCACCGUGCUGUCGGUGCCCAUGAUCUACAGCCACCUUCAACACAUCCAGUCUGGAAUGCAGAAUGAGGUCGACUUCUGUAAAAUGAGAUCCGCGAACGUUCUCCGCGAAAUCACAAGAACACAGGUACUUGUUUUAGCCUUUUGGUACAGUUUAGUACAUAAUAGUACCAUAUUUUUCUUGAAAUUCGAUUUUUUUCUUAUAGAUGAUGGCUGGUGCUAACCCACGAGUCCCUCGUGCUAUUGGCAAACGCCAAUCAUCCUACGGAGAUGCUUUGGGAGGCUACGGAGGAGCUGCUCCAGCCUUCAGCGCUCCAUCUGGACACAGCUUCGGUGGACCACCAAGAGGUGGAUGCUGCGGUUGUGGUGUAUCUCCAAAGGGACCGCCAGGCCCACCAGGAGAAGAUGGUACCCCAGGAGACGAUGGACAACAAGGACCACCAGGCAAGGAUGGAGCUGAAGGACCAACCCCACGCCCACCUCCACCAUACAACCCAUGCUUCGACUGCCCACCAGGCCCACAAGGAGCUCCAGGAAACGCUGGACCAGCCGGACCAAACGGUUUGCCCGGUCUUCCAGGCCAGAACAAGCCCCGUGCCCGCCCAGGACCACCAGGCCCACUCGGACCUCCAGGCCCACAAGGACCACCAGGCGACCAAGGUCAAGAAGGAAACCCAGGACACCCAGGCCGUCUCAUCGACACUCCACCAAAGGUCGGACCACCAGGCCCACCCGGACCUCCAGGACAAUCCGGCGACCAAGGACAACCAGGCAACGACGGUCAGCCAGGCGCCAAGGGAUACCCAGGCCCACAAGGAAACGAAGGACCAGAAGGAGAGCCAGGAAAGGACGGAGCUCCAGGAGAAGAGGGCAAACAAGGCGACCAGGGACCAGAAGGCGCUUGCGACCACUGUGGCCCAGCCAAGACCGCUCCAGGCUACUAG